AUGACGAGACUGGGCAACCCUUUGCCCGAAGAAUUCUCACCAAUCCACAAUGGCGCCAAAAUCAAAACCUUCUACACCAACACAGCAGUUCAGAACUCAGCACGGACCAUCGACUAUUUUCCGCAACUCAAAGCUCUAGCCUCCAUCAAAACCGCGCAAGGUCAAAUCGAAUUUCGAACAAGUCUGGCGGGUGGUCCGAGUUCGCGCAUCUCUCAAAUCUCCGUCAUCGAAGUCGACAAGAAAAUCAAUCAGAAUCUGGGAGCCGGCGAUUUGCGCGAGGAUAAAAUAUCGAUUGAUUUGAGCGAUUGUCAUUGGUUGAGAUUGUGGUUUGCCAAAGCGGAUGCCACGUGGCAAAAAUAUAAUGUGGAUUUUGAGCCGGCGAAUUCGAUUGAUUUCUUUUUGAAUGAGGGAUUUGUGAUGUUGCCGGAUAGGGGUAGGUUACUGUAGCUGCAAAAUCCACGUUUUUUGACACCAAACAAGCCCAGGGUUACUGUAGUUCAAAUUUUGUAGAUCAAGGAUUACUGUAGCUGAAAAUCCACGUUUUUUGACACCAAACAAGCCUAGGUUUACUGUAAAUUUUGGGCUAAAAAUUCGAAUUUUUCAAAAAAUUUCUAGAUCAAGGAUUACUGUAGCUUUUUGAAAUCUUUUUUUUGAAUUUUCUAAAUUUUUAGCGCGAAAAAAAACUAACCUGGAAUUUUUUUCCAAAAAAAAAAAUUGAGAUUUUCAAAAUUUUCUUUAAAAAAAAGGGCUUCUCCGAGCAUUGCUCAUAUUAGGCCACAAAAAAUGAAUUUUUCCCAUAUAACAUGAGCAAUGCUCGAAAUUUUGCAGAAAACGCUGCAAUGCUUCCAACUUCCUCAAAAAUCUCUCAAAUCCACCUAAAAUCCCAUGGAAACGAGUUAGUCGAACUUCUCAUCGGCUCCAAAUCGAUGCUCCAUCCGAUAACCUUCAAAACCCCGAUGCUCAACUCGGCCGACUUCAAAAUUUUCCUGAUCCGCGCUCCGAAAUGCGACGCCGUCUUCCGGAUGACGCCCAAAUUCACUCGCGGAAAUUUGAAGAUUUUCAACAAUUUCCAACUUUCUGGCGCCAAAAUUUAUGCGAUUCAGAAGAAUUAG